AUAGCAGCGCCAGAGAAAGGGCGAGGUGAGCAGGGAAGGAGGGAGGAGGCAGGCCAACGCAUCUGGCUGGUCAGCAUCCUCAGAUCUGUGCCGUUGCCAUCUGUGCGGUGGGUAAUCUCAGGCUGUAGUGUGCCGCUGGGUGGUGGUUUGGUUGGUCAGGAUGGUGAAGCACAACAACGUAUUGCCCAACGUGCACUUCCACAAGUACUGGCAGCGGUACGUCAAGACUUGGUUCAACCAGCCAGGCCGCAAGAAGAGCCGCCGACUCGCGAGGCAGAAGAAGGCCGCAGAACUCGCACCCCGACCCGUCGCCAAGCUCCUCCGGCCGGUGGUGCACCCGCCCACGCAGCGCUACAACCUCAAGGUCCGACGGGGUCGCGGAUUCACUCUUGAAGAACUCAAGGUCAGUCCGUUGCACACAACACACAUGGGGGAGGAUGGGAAGACGGUACUCAUGUGUGCGUGUGUGUGAUCAGGAGGCUGGCAUCUCCCGCAAGACUGCCCGCACGAUCGGCAUCUCUGUGGACUGGCGUCGCAAGAACCGGAGCAUGGAGUCGCUCAACACUAACGUGGACCGCCUGAAGGAGUACAAGUCCAAGCUGAUCAUCUUCCCCCGCAAGAACAAGGCCAAGACCGGCGACACCGAGCGCAGCGAGAUCCAGAACGUCCAGCAGAACGCCUCAAAGGACAUCAUCCCCAUUCCCAAGCCCUCGCUGCGCAUCAAGGUGGGAGAGAGAGGGAGGGACGCUGGGUGCGGUGCAUCGAUCACUCUACACACGUUUUUGUGGAUGUGAAUGUGUGUCAGGCUCGUGCCAUCACUGACGACGACAGGCAGUUCGAGGCCUACAACACGCUGCGAAAGGCGAAAGUCGACGCCAAAUACGUAAGACACACAUAGCUAAAGGGCCACGGGCAAGACCACACACACUUCGCUCAUUCUCGUUUGGUGUGUCUGUGUGUGCAGUUCGGCCGUCGCGAGAAGCGUGCAAGGGAGAAGGCUGAGGCGGCUGAGCAGAAGAAGUAAACCGCACACCGCCCACUCGUUUCCCAGUGACCGACCGACCGGCGGUUUGCUCACGGACGGUGGGCAUGGGUGAGUGAGCCGUCCAUCCCAGCCGACAGCUCGGCAGGGAUGGAUGGAUGGAGUGCGUGUGUGUGCGCGGGGUUCGUGUAUCUCUGGUGCGUUGUCAGUCAGAGACGCGACAGACGAACAGUGCGGCUGUCUGGUGGUGCGUGGCCUGCAUGGUGCAUGGUAUGGUCGAUUGACCGCUGCAAGUGCGCCCUCGUGGGCUGAAUGUGAUGCCUUCUCCUUCUCCAGUGCCGUCCCCCUAAGCCCACCCACCGAUGACCCCCUAAGCCCACCCACCGAUGACCAACCAAAUUUGCACCUUUAACCGACAGCUGCCGAUAGGAGGGUGCAAUGACACCCACCACCACACGUCGAUCCAUCGGAAUCAAGUCAUUGUCGCAGCACCCACCAUACAUAUGGACAGCUAGCUAAUUGUGACCUCACUCGCCCACACAGGCGCACUGCAACCAUCGGUCAGGCAGCAUUAAUUCACUCGGGGGAAACUGGGCAGGCAGACAGGCAGGCACUGCAAGCUCACUCAGUCAGCUCAAAUGGACAGACAGGACGCAUCACCUUGCUUGCUUGCUAUGGAUGAGCCAUCCAUCCAUCCAUCCAUACAUCCAUCCAUGGUCGGUGCGUGCGGCGGGGUGCGGUACACAAGUCAGUCAGUCAGUCAGUGAGGUCUGGCAGCCAUCCCUCGUCCCUGUCUAUCGCAUGCUUCAUGCCAUUGUCCCGCUCCAUUAGAUGCACAAAUACAUUACAGCCCAACCACACCCACACCCAC